CCUGGCCGGGAACACAUGGCAGCACGGAAAUGCAGCCUGGAGGACAACGGGUCACCCCAGCGAGAUGCCCUGACCUCCCCGGUCCCAGCAAGGGAGCACCCGGGGGAGCACGCUGCCUGUGGAGGGAUGGGAACUGCUCAAAACAACAGUGACCUCAAACAUCUCCAUGCAGUGGAGCUUGACCUGUGUAACAAAGACAUGAUGGCAGACACAUUUGAUCACAGCAUUAUUUCUGUUGGAGAAGAGGAAGGAGCAGGCAAUUUCCAACGUUCUCUCCCAACACAAGAGUCCCUCCGAUCUCCUCGGGGCUCUGUCGUGAGUUUCCAUAACAUCCAGUACUCCAUUAAGCAGUCCAGUGGAUUCCUUUGUAAACGGAAAACUGUGGAAAAGAAGAUCCUUCAUAAUGUUUAUGGCAUUAUGAAGCCAGGCUUGAAUGCUAUCUUGGGGCCAACGGGGAGUGGAAAAUCUUCUCUCCUAGAUGUGCUGGCUGCCAGAAAGGACCCAGCAGGCCUGUCUGGAGAAGUGCUUAUAGAUGGCAUUCCACAACCUCCAAAUUUCAAGUGUAUCUCGGGAUAUGUUGUACAGGAUGAUGUUGUCAUGGGCACAAUGACGGUGAGGGAGAACCUGCAAUUCUCUGCUGCCCUGCGACUCCCCAGCUCUAUCAGCAUUAAAGAGAAGGAAGAGCGAGUCACCCAGAUAAUCAGUGAGCUGGGAUUAAGCAAAGUGGCUGAUGCCAAGGUAGGAACCGAAUUGAUCCGGGGAGUGUCUGGAGGGGAACGGAAGAGAACCAACAUUGGGAUGGAGCUCAUCACAGAGCCACCAGUCCUUUUUCUGGAUGAACCAACAACUGGCCUUGAUGCCAGCACAGCAAAUGCAGUCCUCAUCCUUUUGAAGAAGCUCUCAAGAAGAGGUAGAACCAUCAUAUUUUCUAUCCAUCAGCCCCGCUAUUCCAUAUUCAAGCUGUUUGACAGUCUGACACUGCUGGCUUCAGGAAAGGUGGUGUACCAUGGUCCUGCAAAGCAGGCCCUGGAGUACUUUAGUUCUAUUGGAUAUGAAUGUGAACCCUUCAACAAUCCAGCUGACUUCUUCCUUGAUGUAAUUAAUGGUGAUUCAACUGCUGUGGCAGCAAGCAAGGAAGAUCACAGACCUGUGGACACAGGAAAAGAGGUGAGCAGUGAAAAUGGAGUGGCAGAAGAUAAUGUGGACAGCAGUCUGGUAGAUGUGCUGCACCAGAAAUAUCUCAGCUCCAGCCUAUAUCAGAGCACAAAAGAAGCACUGAGGAAAGUGGAGCUUGGACGGGGAAGCAAGCAGAGAGUAUCCAGGCAGGAGCAUGAGAUUACCUAUGCAAAUGGAUUCCUCACCCAGCUGUACUGGGUGUCCAAACGUUCCCUGAAAAAUCUCAUCAGGAACCCACAGGCAUCUGUUGCACAAAUUGCAGUGACUGUAAUCCUAGCCUUGGUUGUGGGUGCUAUCUUUUUUGGUGUAAAAUUGGACCGCAGUGGUAUUCAGAAUCGGGUUGGAUCCUUGUUUUUCGUCACCACAAACCAGUGUUUUUCCAGUGUCUCUGCAAUUGAGCUAUUCAUCAGAGACAAGAAACUAUUUGUCCAUCAGUACACCAGUGGAUAUUACCGUGUGUCUGCCUACUUCCUGGCCUUGAUGAUAGGAGAUCUGCUGCCCAUGAGAACUGCUCCAGCCAUCAUAUUCUCAUGCAUCAGUUACUGGAUGAUUGGAUACCAAGCUGUUGCAGGACGGUUCUUUUUCUUCAUGCUGACCCUGGUACUGGUGUCCUACACUGCCACAGCCAUGUCUCUGGCUAUCAGUGCUGGGAUGGAUGUGGUGGCUGUGGCCAAUCUGCUCAUCACGAUUUGUUUUGUCCUGAUGCUUAUCUUCUCAGGCCUCUUAGUGAACCUCCCUUCAGUAAUGGGUUGGCUGAACUGGCUCAAGUACUUCAGUAUCCCCCGAUAUGGCCUCACUGUGAGUAGAAGGUAGCAUUGGUCUCCUGUGAGUAAUGUAGCCACACUGUUGCUUUCUGGAGAGGUUUUGAGUAUAAAUGAAGUUCUCUUAAAAAUCAGAUUGGUUUGAUUCCUUGCACGAACAUGGUAAAAAAAGAACAAACCAGCCAAUCCCAAAAAGGAAGCAAAAGUUAAUCUCUGUGUGAGAGAUGGGAGUCUCAAGAGACUGAACAAAUAUUUGUGUUACAGAGUUAGUGCUGCAUGGACAGCAGCAGAGUGAGCUGUCGAGUGAGGCACUAAUUCCUAGCCUGAAUUGUUGAUCCCUAUGGUUUAGAAUGAAGUCAAAUAUUGUA